AUGAUCUUCGAAACGUUGCUCCGUCAUCCCCUGCCCUCCUCCGAUUUGCUCUCCUACAUCUUCGACCAUCCUCAGUAUGACCAGGACGAGCCCCUUUAUGUCGACGUGCAUUGUCCCUCGCGCUCCAUCUCGUGCAACCAGGCGCGUCGCGUCAUCCGUCGAUUGAUUGCCGGGCUGCGAGUCUGGGGUGUCUCUCCAGGGGACUGCGUGGCUAUUCACUCUUUCAAUGAUAUCUAUUAUUCCAUGCUGGUGCUGGCCAUCAUCGGCGUCGGUGGCAUCUUCACCGGCACCAACCCAGCCUACACCACAUUGGAGCUGGCGCAUCAUUAUAAGGCCUCGCGGACGCGGUUCGUCAUCGCGGAGCCGGAACUGCUGGACCCCGUGCAGGGAGCCAUGAAGCAGCUACACAUGUCCCCCGAGCAUCUCCGCGUCUUCAACGUGCACGAUCAGCCGGUUCCCGCAGGCCUGCAGGCCUGGACGCAUCUGCUGGACCACGAGGAAGCCGACUGGGUGCGCUUCUACGACGCGCACACCUGUCGCCGCACCGCUGCCGGCCGUCUCUUCAGUAGCGGGACCACCGGUCUGCCCAAGGCCGUGACCAUCACGCAUCAGAAUCUGAUCGCGCAGCAUGAGCUGGUCUUCGAGGUGCAUCCGAAGCCGUAUCGAGUCAGUUGCGUCAUGCCCCUCCCCAUCUUCCACGCCGCCGCCGCCCCCUUGGCGCACAUCAGUGUGCUUAAAGCCGGCCAACCCAUCUACAUGAUGCGUCGCUUCGAUUUGCUCGGAUACCUGCGUGCCGUCGAAACCCACCAGGCUACCGAGGCGAUCCUCGUGCCGCCCAUUGUCAUUGCCAUCGUCAUGAACCCCCUGUCCUCGGAACGGGGAUACCUCAAAUCCCUGCGCUUCGCGUGCUGCGGGGCCGCCCCUCUGGACCGCGAUAUGCAGGCGCGAUUCCGCAAGCUGAUGGCCCCAGACGCACCCUUCACCCAGGUCUGGGGUAUGACGGAGACCUGCUGUAUCGCGAUGCACUUCCCCUACCCGGAGCCGGAUGACGGGAGUGUGGGUCGAUUAGGGGCCAAUAUGGAAGCAAAAUUGGUCAAUGAACAAGGAGAGAACAUCUCCGCAUACAACGUCCGCGGAGAACUGUGCGUGCGCGGCCCCACAGUGACCCCGGGAUAUUUCAACAAUGAAGCGGCGAAUGCCGAAUCAUUCGACGACGACGGAUGGUUCCACACGGGAGAUAUCGCGUACUGCGACAGCCAGACGCGAAAAUGGUACAUCGUCGAUCGCAAAAAGGAGCUCAUCAAGGUGCGCGGCUUCCAGGUGGCCCCGCCGGAGCUGGAGGCCGUGCUGCUGAGCCAUCCGCUCAUUGUCGAUGUCGCGGUCAUUGGCCUACGUGGCAUCGUCCCCGAUGAGGAGCUGCCCCGGGCGUAUGUUGUGCGAAGACCGGGAGGGGAGGCGCUGACAGAGGACGAGGUUAAGGAGCAUCUCUUGAGUCGGUUGGCAAAGUACAAAGCGUUGACAGGCGGAGUGAGGUUCGUGGACGCCAUUCCAAAGAAUGCCAGUGGUAAGAUCUUGAAGAAGGUAUUGAGGGAGGAGAGUCAGAAGGAAAUCGGUCAGAAAGUGAAAUUGUAG